AGUAGAAUUUCUUGUGGAUAAACCAUAUUUUGAAAUUACAAAUUUAAUCAGGACCUUGACUCAGAACAUCAAAUUAAUAAUUUUCUAGCAGUGGCUUCAUUCCUUCCCCACCCUAUAUAUAAAUGUAAAUGCAAGCUACUUCUUAUCUUCAAAUUCAAAGAACAAAACAGCUCCUUUGCCUAGAAGAAUUGAAGUUGGAUUUUGUUGGUAUAUCUCAAUGAGAUACUCAGCUGCAGUUUUGGGGAUUGUUUUUACAUUGAUUUCUUGGGAUGGAGUAAAUUCAAAUGCCACCCAUUGUAAGGCAGAGGAGAGAGAAGCCCUUCUGCACUUUAAGCAAUAUCUCACCGAUCCUUCCAACCGCCUCUCUUCUUGGGUUGGUGAAGAUUGCUGCAGGUGGACAGGAGUUCGCUGCCACAACACCACUGGCCAUGUCAUCCAUCUCAACCUCUCCAAUCCAUUCCCUCUUGAUGAUGAUGAUGAUUAUGAUUAUCAGUCAUUGGUUGCUGCGACUGAUGAGGGGUCCAGUUUGGGUGGGAAAAUAAGCGGCUCUUUGCUGCAAUUGAAACAUCUUCAGCAUCUGGACUUGAGUAACAAUCAUUUUCAGGGACUUCAGAUUCCACAGUUCUUUGGUUCCCUCACCAAUCUCGCUUAUCUUAACCUUUCUUCUGCGGGAUUUGUGGGCCCCAUUCCUCCUCAACUUGGGAAUCUUUCAAGCUUGCUCUCUCUUGAUAGUUGCUGGAAUUCUGGUUUGUACGUUACAGACGACGUAAGAUGGAUUUCUCAUCUCUCCUCAAUUGAAUUCCUCGACAUGAGCUCUGUCAAUCUCAGCCGGGCAUCUAAUAAUUGGCUUCAGGCAAUGAACAUCCUCCCUUCCUUAUCCACGUUGCUCUUGAGUGAUUGUUCCCUCAGCCAUAAUCUUCCUCUUUCUCAUGUCAAUUUUUCUUCCCUUGUCGCUCUUGAUCUCUCCUAUAACUCUUUCAUGAAUUCUUCCACAUUUGCUUGGCUCUCCAGUCUCACUUCUCUUGUUUCACUCAAUCUGCGUGGCGCCUAUUUUACAGAGGGUUCAAUUCCAAUAUAUCUUCAGAACAUGUCCUCUACUCUUCGAUUCAUGGACCUUUCAUAUUGCAAUUUGAACUCUACCACACCCAACUGGUUUUCUGGUCUCUCUUCUAUUGCUUCCCUUGAUCUGAGUGAAAACCAAAUUCCUGGUUUGCUUCCCGCCCCUCUACGGAACCUCACUACUCUUCGGUUCCUUAAUCUUGCUAGUAACCAAUUCAACUUUGCAAUACCAGAGUGGUUGUAUGAGAUGACCGACCUCCAGAGUCUCGAUCUUUCUUCCAAUCAUUUUCAAGGAUCAAUUUCUGGUGCUAUUGGCAACCUGACAUCACUCACAAAACUCGAUCUUUCUUCCAAUCAUUUUCAAGGAUCAAUUUCUGGUGCUAUUGGCAACCUGAAAUCACUCACAAAACUCCGGUUAUCUGGCAAUGACUUUGAAGGACGGAUUCCGACAUCCUUGGGAAACCUCUUCAAUUUGAGAGUUUUAGAUUUGGCAGGGAACCAACUCAGUGGAGAUAUUUCUGAAAUUUUUGGAGAUUAUUCAUUUGAUUCGUGCGCCAAGGAAACACUGGAGUCAGGCCAAUUGCCCAAGCAUUUCGGAGAAUUUAAAAGUUUGUCCGUGCUUGAUAUUUCCCAAAACUCCAUUUCAGGGCCACUUCCUGUGUCUAUAGGGAAAUUAUCAUCCUUGAGGAGCUUACAAAUUUAUUCCAAUCUUUUCAAUGGGAGUAUUCCAGAAACUCUUGGGAGUCUCUCUAAAUUAGAAAGUGUGGACAUCUCUAACAAUUCCUUGGAAGGCACUAUUUCAGAAGUUCACUUCGCAAAUCUGGCAAGACUGACUGUUUUCCGUGCUGAUUCAAACCCAUUGGCCUUCAAAAUAAGCCCCAAUUGGAUUCCUCCAUUUCAACUAAGAAAAAUUUCACUGAGCUCAUGUCAUAUGGGACCUCAAUUAUUUCCUUCAUGGCUUCAAACAAAGAGGGAAUUGGAAUAUUUAAACCUCAUAAAUGCUUCAAUAUUAGGUGAAAUCCCAACUGGCUUUUCCAAUAUGUCUCAACUUUCCUAUGUGGAUCUAUCUCAAAACCAGAUCCAUGGCCCGUUGCCUCCUAUGCCUGCUAAACUCAGCUAUUUAGAUCUUUCAAAUAAUUACUUGAAUGGAUCUCUUGUUCCCUUCUUGUGCAAUAAAAUGGUAGAUAAGGAAGCUAAUUUAUUAUCGUUGGAUCUAUCAAAAAAUUUUUUGUCUGGAGAAAUUCCUAAUUGUUGGAUGAAUUGGAAAAAUUUAUUGGUAUUACGAUUGGAGAAAAAUAAUUUGGCAGGAAAAAUACCAAGUUCCAUGGGUUCUCUAACUUGGCUUGGAUCACUACACUUGAGCAAGAACAAGCUCUAUGGAAACUUGUCUACGACAUUGCCAAGUUUUCAUUAUUUACAAGUUUUGGAUCUUAGUGAAAAUAAGUUUUCUGGAAGAAUACCGUUAUUGAUAGGAGAAAGCCUACCCCUUCUUCGAGUCCUUAUUCUUCACACAAAUAAGUUGAGUGGCAGUAUUUCCAUCCAGCUCUGUCAACUCUAUUCUCUUCAAAUCUUGGACCUUGCACAAAACAAUCUCUCUGGAGCCAUUCCAACAUGCUUUGGUAAUUACAGCGCAAUGAUUAACAAAACAAAAAAUUUGAAAUACUUUUUGUACAAUGAUACAGGAUACUUUGAUAAAGCAAUGGUUGUGAUAAAGCAAUAUAUGUAUGAAUUCAGCACUUCUCUCCCUCAAUUAACAAGCAUUGACAUUUCAUGCAACAACUUGUAUGGAGAGAUCCCUGUAGAAUUGACCCAUCUUAAAGGUUUGUUAUCCCUAAACCUAUCCAUGAACAAACUUCAAGGAAAGAUCCCAGAUAAAAUUGGCAACAUGACAUCACUGGAGUCUAUUGAUUUAUCAAUGAAUAAACUUUCAGGCAUAAUUCCUCAAAGUAUGUCAAGUUUGACAUUCUUGGAAUAUUUAAAUUUGUCAUACAAUAACUUAUCGGGCAGAAUUCCUUUAAGUACCCAGAUCCAAGGCUUCCCUCCGCUCAGUUUCAUUGGCAACCAUGAGCUCUGUGGUCUACCAUUGGUAGAUGAAUGCACAAAAACUGAAACACCUCUAGUUCGAAAACCAAGUUGGCACAAUGAAAGAGAUGGAUGGAUUGAUAUGAGGUGGUUCUAUUCGGGCAUGCCAUUUGGAUUUGUUGUGGGUUUUUGGGCUGUUUUGGGUCCUUUAAUGUUGAACAAGGUUUGGAGAUUGGCCUAUUUUCAAUUCUUAGAUGACUUGAAAUACAAGUUGUUUGGUGGGUUUAGAUUUGUUUAAAGUUUUUGUGUUUUUAUCUAGGCCUGUUUAGAUUUGUUUCUUAUUUAGCAUUGUUUAAAUUUGUGGUCUUGGUUUGGUUGGUUGUUGGUGUUGUUUUUGGGAGGACUUUAAUUUCUUUAUCUGUAAUCUCCCAAUGUUUGUCUUAUAACCACGGUAUUCCUCCGCCAAAAGUGAGGGCAUAUCAAUAAAGAUUGCAUUAUUCAAAAAAAAA